AUGUCGAAUGUACUCAAUCUGACUUUUGAUUUUUUUCCCGCCGUUUCCAAAUUCGAUAGUAAAACACUCAAAAAAUACAAUAGCAGUCUUUCUGAUGACCGAAAAGCUUGUUACGCCGGCCAUUAUGAAGUCUAUCGGUCAAUCAUUAAUAACGGGUACCGUAACGCUUUGAUUUUAGAAGAUGAUGUAGAUAUCGAACUUAAUAUCACCUCAAUAGUGCAUGGAAUCUAUCCUACUUUACCUCCGAAUUGGGAUCUGCUGUACGUUGGCCAUUGUUGGUUUGAGAACAAAGAGCCCUGUGAUAACAAAACUACUUCUGCGUUUAGACUCUAUUAUUCUAAAAUGCCGGUCUGCACGCAUGCUUAUGCCGUUUCAUUCGCAGCUGCCCAGAGACUAGUAAAGAUGCUUACUUUUUUAACGGAGCCGAUAGAUGUGCAAUUGAUAAAUUGGAUCAAAGCAGGCUUUUUGAAGUCGUUUAGUAUUGAUCCACCGGCUAUUGUACAGCGGCAGGCGAAAGAUGAUCAAACAGAUAUUCCUUCUAGCGGAAAGAGUUUUAAAUUUUAUUUGAAGAAUUCAACCUUGGAUUUUCUCGAUCAUAAAAAAACCAACUAA